AUGGCACCUACUGAGACGAUCAGCUCUCGUCUUGUUUAUCGGCAGACAGAGAGAAAUUUUGGCAGCUGGCGCACUCGUGCUACAGACGAUGCAUUCAUACUGGAGGCGUGGAGCGAGGGUUGCAUGGUCGGAGCAUUGAUGAUCAUGUCCUGCGUAACUGUGGCCAAUAUGAGAAGAGGGGUUUUGCUUCACAAGUUGAUCCUUCUCGAGCUGUUGCUCGCUAUCACACACGGAACCUUCUGCUUCAUGGCCUUCGAAGGUUAUGGCUGGUACCUCUCAUCCACAGCAGCAUUGUUAUACUGCUCAUAUUUCCUCCACAAUAUCGUGGCAUGGGUCAAGAUCAGACCCUUCUUCGUCGAACCGCGAUCUCUAUUCCAGCCCAGGACGGCCAAGAUUGUGCGCAGGGUAUACCUCACCACGCUGGCCCUGACCAUACCCCCGAUGAUUUUCCAGAUUGUGAACAACUUUCUGUUCUUUAAUAACAAGAGCGAAAUGUACAACAAGAUCCGGCCAGCCGAGCCUCUUUUCAGAGAUCCCUGGUGGAUAUUUACCUGUCUCGCCCUCUUCCACGUUAUCCGGAAAUGCUACGGCUCUUCCGUGUUUGCUUUGAUCGCUCGAUGUCCUCGUUUCGGCAUCCUCCUCGCUGCCAUAUGCCUUUCCAUAGUUUUUACUCUCAUGGACACAUUCGCGACCUUGAUUCCGCAGGUCCGAGGAGUUGUGAAUGGUAUUAAUCCGUACUGGAAGCUAGCCUUGAUUUUCAAGUGUCUCACAGACAACAUCAUGUUGGACGACUUCAAGACCGAAUUACAGAGACUAGGUGGAGGUACCAACCUAGAAAGAGAUAUAGGACCACCGCCCAGUCCGCGACCUCUCCCACGCACAAUGGAAAAGUCAUCGGACGACCACAUCGAAGUGACACAUGCUUUUGAUGCGCAGGAUAGAGAUUGGGACUGGUUGGAUAUCAAUCCCCCGAAAGCGAUUCAUCAACCAUUCAGCAUUUCCCGCUCGCUUCCAUAG